CAUGCGUCCUUCCUUUGGACUGGGAUGGUAAAUGGUACGACAGCGGAAACGGAAACAUAACAUUUGACAAUUCAACUUCUACAAUCAGUUCAGGCUGGUCUCUUUCAACACAUGGUUCAACUCUCAAUUCAUGGACAUGUCUAGCCAGUAAUUCUACCGGCAAUUUGUUACUUUUUAGAGCGAAUUCUUUCGUGGAAUCGUCUGGGGUACCUCAAAAUGUAUUCAAAUGCAUAAAGUGGAAGAGAAUAACGGAUAACUCAUACAUAUAUCACAUUAUGGAAGACAAGAUUGGUAGUGGGGAAAGAUUGCUUAUAGAACCUUACAACUCCGCUGUGACAACGUGGUCAACAGACACUUACUGUAGUCCUUCUUCACCUCCGUCCGAAGAAGAGUUUCACACUUUGGUGAAAGAAGGGAAGGAGUCCGAGGUAAAACAAUGGUGUCCAGAGCCCCUGAGGGGAUCGUUUAGCUACUCCCACAAUGAUGGAUCCACCGUUACGUGCUCAGUUUCGUCUGACCUCUCCGUUUGCCCAGAUUGGACAACUAUGACUUUUGACUAUUCAAAGUGCUCAACAGUACAGGCCUUCAGUCAAGAAGGAAUCGUCAGUUGCGUAUACUCAACAUUAGUUGGUUCCACUUACUUUGCAUCCGUUCUGAAUCCAGGAGAAGUGGCCAGUUCAACAUACAAUAGAUUCACUUGCUUUGCACUUAGUGAAAAUGGUGGACAGGUAAUGAUGAGUGACAGCGCCGGAAGUUGCGCAGCUGGACAGUCUCCCACUACCAAAGCAACCACCGGAAGUGGAGUAUUGACCCUCUCAAUUAAAGACUCCUGUUUGAUAAUCAAGAAAUCACAUUCAACUUGA